UCCUCCCAGAGGCCCCGCCCUCGCACUUCCGGUCACGUGCCUCCAGCGCCACUCGCAGCCAGCGAUGGAGGCGAGACCCCCCGGCAGCAGAGGCGGUGGCGACGGCUGCGGCCGCCGGGUUUCAGCCUGCUCUCUGCUGCGGCUGUGAGGAAGCGCGGCGGAGCCAGACCCGACGGGACGCCGGUCGCGCACUCCAGGCCGGAGACUGUAGCUCCCACCGGCCGUCAUGGCAACUUCAUCUGAAGAAGUGUUGUUGAUUGUGAAGAAGGUUCGUCAGAAGAAGCAGGAUGGAGCAUUGUACCUCAUGGCAGAAAGAAUUGCUUGGGCACCUGAAGGCAAAGACAGAUUUACAAUCAGCCAUAUGUAUGCAGAUAUUAAAUGCCAGAAAAUCAGUCCAGAAGGAAAAGCUAAAAUACAACUUCAGCUGGUCCUGCAUGCAGGGGACACAACAAACUUCCAUUUUUCCAAUGAAAGCACAGCAGUGAAAGAGCGGGAUGCAGUGAAGGACCUCCUUCAGCAGCUGCUGCCCAAGUUCAAGCGGAAAGCCAAUAAAGAACUGGAAGAGAAGAACAGAAUGCUCCAAGAAGAUCCUGUUUUAUUCCAGCUCUAUAAAGACCUUGUUGUGAGCCAAGUGAUCAGUGCUGAAGAAUUCUGGGCCAAUCGUUUAAAUGUGAAUGCAACAGAUAGCUCUACACCCAGUCACAAGCAAGAUGUUGGCAUUUCUGCAGCAUUUCUGGCUGAUGUCCGGCCCCAAACAGAUGGCUGUAAUGGUCUGAGAUAUAAUUUAACUUCUGAUAUCAUUGAGUCUAUAUUUAGGACCUAUCCAGCAGUAAAAAUGAAAUAUGCAGAAACUGUACCACACAACAUGACAGAAAAGGAGUUCUGGACACGCUUUUUCCAGUCCCAUUAUUUUCACAGGGACCGACUAAAUACAGGAUCAAAGGAUCUCUUUGCAGAAUGUGCCAAAAUAGACGAAAAGGGAUUAAAAACGAUGGUGUCAUUAGGAGUAAAAAACCCAAUGCUAGAUUUGACAGCUUUGGAAGAUAAACCAUUAGAUGAGGGCUAUGGCAUUGCCUCAGUGCCGUCUACUUCCAAUUCCAAAUCCAUAAAGGAGAAUAGUAACGCUGCCAUCAUCAAAAGGUUUAACCACCACAGUGCCAUGGUCCUGGCUGCCGGUCUCAGGAAACAACAAGCACAAAACGGACAGAAUGGUGAGCCCAGCAGCAUAGACGGAAAUUCCGGAGAUGCAGACUGCUUUCAGCCAGCAGUCAAAAGGGCAAAAUUACAGGAGUCCAUUGAAUAUGAAGACUUGGGAAACAACAAUUCAGUGAAAACAAUUGCACUGAAUCUCAAGAAGUCAGACAGGUAUUAUCAUGGUCCUACUCCAAUUCAGUCACUGCAGUAUGCUACAAGUCAGGAUAUUAUUAAUUCUUUUCAAAGUAUUAGACAAGAAAUGGAAGCUUACACACCCAAGUUAACUCAGGUUCUCUCAAGCACUGCUGCUAGUAGCGCCAUCACAGCCCUGUCACCUGGAGGAGCACUUAUGCAGGGAGGGGCACAGCAAGCUGUAAAUCAGAUGGUGCCAACCGAUAUUCAGUCUGAAUUGAAACACUUGUAUGUGGCUGUUGGAGAACUUCUGCGACAUUUCUGGUCUUGCUUUCCUGUUAAUACACCAUUCCUAGAAGAAAAGGUAGUGAAAAUGAAGAGUAAUUUGGAACGGUUUCAAGUUACAAAGCUCUGCCCAUUCCAAGAAAAGAUUCGGAGGCAGUAUUUAAGCACAAACCUGGUAAGUCACAUAGAAGAGAUGCUGCAGACAGCCUAUAACAAGCUCCACUCCUGGCAGUCACGGCGCCUGAUGAAGAAGACGUGAAGCAUUCUCGGUGCUCACAGGUUUUGUGGGUUGAAAAAAACUGACCUGCAGUGACUCUGGAAACCUGGCUGAGGACAGGCAGAUACUCACCCCGAGGAAACAUCUGCUGCAUGCCGACUCUCAGAGCUGAUGCUAUUGUACUUGCACUUGAGAACUGAAAGGAGGGACGGAGUCACCUAACUCUAGGGAGG